AUGACCUCCAACGAUGUUCGCGACGUUCUCAACCUCCCCUCCGAACAUUCCCCAGCACCUCGGCCAUCAAAGAAACAAAGGACCGGUGCCCCGCGACCAAACCUCAAGGGCCUGGCGCGCGAAGUCCAGAAUCUAGGCGGCGACAACCCGAUAGCGAUCGUCCCGGAGGUUUCGUUCUUCAAGAAGCGACGAUUCGCCAGCCGAAAACCAGCGGCGAGAUGGGAACUAAAAGCGUUUAUAAACUCGGCCCGCGGCGACGACGGCGCCCUCGUCCUACGGCACUGGAAGCGGAAGACAGCCGACGGCGUCCCGGCGGAGCCUCAACAGGAUGGCGAGUCGCGGCCGAGUGAGGAUGCGGUAGACGGAGAGAAGAAAGUUGAGAAGCCCGAAGACUCGGCGUUUGCCAAGUUCAAUGUCCGAGUUUCCGUGCCGCAGUACAACGACGACCAAUACCAGUCCAACCUGCAGAGCAGCGAAUGGUCAAAAGAGGAAACAGACUACCUGUUGACGCUAGCAAGUGAAUACGAUCUCCGCUGGCCCAUCAUCUGGGACCGGUAUGACUUUGUGCCGAAGCCGCCUCCGGAGGAACAAGCGGACGGCACGAGCACGGCCGUGGUGCCCGCGGCGAAGCCCCGGACGAUGGAGGACUUGAAAGCACGGUACUAUGAGGUGGCGGCGAAGAUGAUGGCGGUGCAGAAGCCGGCGCAGUACAUGACACAGUCGGAGUUUGAGCUCUACGAGAUGAUGCAGAACUUCAACCCUGAGCAGGAGAGGAAACGGAAGGAGUUCGCCCUCAACACAAUGGCCCGGUCCAAGGACGAGGCGCGUGAGGAGGAAUCGCUGCUCCUGGAGAUCAAACGCAUCCUGGCGCGUACGGAGCGCUUCAACGAGGAGCGCCGCGAGCUCUACAACCGGCUCGACUACCCAGCCACCGACGCCGACAUCAACUCGUUCAAAAGCUCUGCCGGGCUCCAAGCCCUGCUCCAGAACCUCGUGUCGAACCACAAGUCCAAGAAGCAAAAGAGCAUCCAGGGCCCCGGCGACGGCGUCAGCCCGGGCGGCGCCGUGCCAAGCAGCGCCGUCUCCGAAUCGGGGCCCCACCGGCGAGAGAGCAUCGCGGCGGCGUCGUCCGGCCGCCGCGACUCCGACGCGCGCGGGCCCGCCAUGUCUGCCGAGCCGACCCCGACAACCGCCACCUCGGCCGGCGGCGCCGCCGCAGCCAACAAGAAGAAAGGCUCCGCGGCGCAGGCCGAACGCCGCAAGCUGUCCGCGCAGGAAGAGCAGGUCUACGGCGUGUCGUACCACGACCGGCUCGGCAGCGGGCCGACGUUCCGCUACGAGAAGAUCAACAAGCUGUACAGCCACAAGUCCGGGCAGCAGCAGCUGCGCAUCACCAACGUGCUGACCGAGCUCGACGUGCCGCCGCGCCUCGUCAUGCCGACCGCCGCCGUCACGGCCCAGUUCGAGUCGCUCUGGGGCGCCGUCACCGCGCUGGUCGACCUGCGCAAGCUGAGCGACAAGCUCGACGCCGAGAUCAAGCUGGAGGAGGCGAAGCGCGCCGAGCGGGAGCGCGCCAGGGCCGUCCUGGCGAAGGACGGCCGGCACGAGGAGGGGGAGGCGGCCCCCCGCCCGGAGAAGGAGAAACGCAAGGAGGACGGGGGACCGGCGAAUAAUGGAGAUGUCGGAGCGUCCGCGGGCGCGGACCCGUCCGCGGCCGACGCUGCUGCUUCGGGCGGUGUCGGUGGCGAUGAUGCUCCUGACGGUGCCGGCGCCAUCAAGAAGGAGCCCGGGGUGGAGACGGACAGGGCUGCCGGCUCCCGGCCGGGCAGCAGCGGGGCGCAUAAGCGCAGCGCCAGCGUGCUGAGCUCGACGAGUGAUAAGAGCACGAAGAGGCAGAAGAAGUGA